GACAUGAAGGCUAUCGAUAUUUUUAAAAGAAGAGGAGUUAAUAGAGUUGCAAGCCGACAUGGUCUUUUUAAAGAUGUUUCGCGUUGGUUUUCUUCAGCUUGUUUCAGCUUAAAGCAUGGAGAGAGGGCCGCAGAGAGGUGAGGUAUUUGCAGCUGAACGAAUAUUGAAGAAGCGGAUGAAAAAGGGGAAAACAGAAUAUUUAGUCAAAUGGCAUGGCUACUCACAAAAAUACAAUACAUGGGAACCAGAGGAAAAUUUGUUAGAUCCACGACUUUUGAGAGUGUUUGCAGAUAAUCAAGUGCAUAGCAGGGGCAAGAAAAGAUCACGUUCAUCAAUAUCGUCUGGUGUCAAAUUGGCAAAACGUUCUAAACAGGAGGAUUCUGAUGACUCGGGGGAAAUCGUGUCUCUGGACUCUGAGGAGCAUGGCAACGGAAGCAUCGCUGGGGAAUCAUGCUCUCCUCAUAGCAACUACGGUGAAGCUGAUAUCGAACCAGAUGUGGCCGAAUCGGAGUUAAACAGAAGCGGUGAAAGCGAAGUUUUUGUCAAUGUGGAAAAUACAGUCGCAAAUCGAACAUCGCCGUCACUUAGUGUCGAAAGUUCGCCAAGCAAGCAGACAAGCGUAAAUACCUCCCCUAUCAUUUUCACAGCAGCAACCACCGAAAGCAGCCCGCAGCUAGUUGUUACGAAGCAUUCUAGUAAAUCGAAUUCCCCAAAGAGUGACAGCGAUAACAAAAUUUCGCCAAAUAUAAAUCAUGAUAAAUCGCCAGUUACAACUGGAAAAAUACCAAUCGAAAGGCUACACGUGUAUACCGAAGAUCGUUCGAAAUCUCCUGUUAUCUCCAAAGUUUCGCCUAAAUCGACAAAACUCGAAUCACCUAAACGAAAACUAGACGUUAAGCAAUUGGAAGCGAAUUGCGAAGCUGUUGACCGUACUGAAGGAAGUGACGAAUGUAUUUGUUGGCGAAAGCCAUUGAUAGACCAGAUAGUUAUCACUGACGUCACGUCCAACCUCGUAACCGUGACUGUACGUGAAAGCAAUACUGAUAAAGGUUUCUUCAGGAAGAGAUCAUAGCAGCUAGAAUAUGUUUUAAAAUAUAUAGGCGGUGCUUGUUAGGCUUCGCAGAGGCCGUUAAUUAGCUGGCGUCGAAGCAGGUUUGAGGAAUAGAUAACAGGUUACAAAAUUUGAAAAAAUUGUAAAUAGAAGCAGAAGUACGUGCAUGUUAUGUUUUUUAGAUGUUAAUUGCCGUUGCGCUUUAAUUUGUUCUUAUCUUGGAAGAAAAGAUAGAAUUCCCUUGAAAAGAUGAAAUUAAUUUUGUGUUAUUAACGCAAUAGUCAUUCUGCC